GCAUAACGGUAACCAAGCAGUAAUACUCAGUGAUGGAUUUAUCGACAAGGCAUAGCUGCUUGAGACUUGAAAUCCCCGGAAGAAGAUUAGAAGGCGAGCAGCAAUCAGAUGUUAUAUUCGUCAAGGGAACUUGGUUCGAUUCUCAUUUCGAUCUUUCUAUCACCAAUGGACUCGACACUUGGCUCUGCAACGCAUCGGAAGCUGAGGUUCGAGAGAGGGCCACUCAAUGGGACCAAUCGGUUUCCGAAUACAUCGAGACCGCAGAGCGGUAUCUAGGGUUUCAACAGCCCGAUUCCGUUUACAAUUUCGUGGACGCUGGAGAUGGCUACAAAAGGUUGUCAUGGACAUUUGAAAAGCAAGGAACUAAGCUAGAAUGGCGUUGGAAAUGUCUACCAUCACCUGAUAAUAAGAAAACUACAAUGCAAAUCCUGGAUUUUCUUAUGGAUGCAAAUAUACGGUUAAGUGAAGAAGUUGUUGGGAAGACCCAGGCAUUUGAGAGAAUGAAACUGGAAGCUGAAAAAUCCUUAGCACUAAGUGAGAAGAUCUACAGUGAGAAGGCAGAAUUCGAAUCUGCAAUCUAUGCUAAGUUUGUUGGGGUUUUGAAUUCAAAGAAAGCAAAAUUGAGAGAGCUUCGAGAUCGACUUGCGAAGCUGGAAACUACCAGUAAAUCACCACCGGAAGGGGAUGAGUCCACUGAUAAAACUGAGGAUUAUGACGAAGGAAGUGAUGAUGAAAAAAUUGAGGAAGAACCAUUGGAAACCAUCCCUACCACCUCAAAGAAUGUUCAACCAACCAGGGCUAAGAGUCGGAAGAGGAAUACACGCAACUAGGUAAUCUUUCUUCAAAACUAAGUUGCAUUCAACAAACAUCAUCCCUUUUUGGCUAUUUCGGUUGUGUAAAGAAAUUUCAAGUGAAUGGCAAUUUUACUCAGGAUCAGGUGGAUAAUUGUAAAAUCUGGAGGACUUGGU